AAACGCACUGAUGCCUUGAAUUGGACUAAUGUGGGCUGCUUUCCAUGCAGUAAUAAUUAGGCGCCUUGGAGCUGGCGAUGCUCUUAGCACUUCUAUGCGCACGGUCGUGAACUUUUCUUCGGGGCUAGCAUACAUACCACCCAGGUUUCGUGGUGUUGCCUGUAACGCUAAUAACUUUGCAAUGGCAGCGGCCGUGGACCUUCGUGAGCAAAAGCAGCUGGCAAGGAAGCAAGUAAAGCUGGCGCUCCGCGAGCUGACGCCCAGCCAAAUGAUGGAUGAAAGCGCUCGCAUUGGGUCGCGUAUACUGGAGCUCAAGCCUUACCUUCAGGCUAAGACCCUAGGCAUUUACCUUCACUGCGCAAAGCUCCGGGAAGUGGACACCACAGCCAUCCUUGAAGAUGCGCUGCAGCAAGGCAAGCGCAUUUACGUGCCAGUCGUAGAGGACAAGCAAAGCAACAUGAAGCUCCUGCAUCUGGACGACAUGGGCUGCCUGCAGUGCGUUCCUCCCUUUGGCAUCCUGGAGCCUGCUGCGAGCUACACGGACGGAACUCCCCGUGAAGACCUGAUGAACAGCGACAUGCACCUGGAGGUGCUGCUGAUGCCGGGACUGGGUUUCGACCAGGCUGGAAGGCGGCUGGGGAGAGGAGGCGGGUACUAUGACAAGAUGGUUUCGGGGCUCCGGCGGCGGGCACUGGAGGCUGGCCGCGAGGCACCCUUGCUGGUUGCUUUGUCGUACGAGGCGCAAAUGCUGCCCGCCGUACCGGUGAGCGAGUACGACCAACAAAUUGACGUGUUGGUGAGCGGCGCUGGCGGUGUGGUUGGCUGCUCUCAGCGCGGCUGCAAAGCCAUCGCCACGGCCAACACGGCCUGACACCUACCCGGCCGCAUCAUCAUCACCUAGCCUCUCGAGAGCCCAUGUGGGCCUUCAGGUGGUUCUGGGGCGGUCCCUUGACCCCUCCGUUUGAACUGCCCUUCCAGUUGAGGCACCAGAACCAGUACCGGUAGCCAUUCCCCUUUGACGUUUGACUUUGAUGGAUUGUGUGAGUUGGGACAUCUGGGUGGGUGCAGAAGGGUGUUCAGAGCCGUGACGAGCGAGAGCGUUGAGAGCUGUGACUGGUGACGUGUGCGAGGUUUCCUUAAGAAACAGACGGCUUGUCGAGGAAUGAACGGGGGUUGUGCAACAAACCUCCGCCGUUGGCAAGCGGCUUGUCAUGGGGAGACGGCCUUGUACCUCAUCACUGUGCUGCUGGGGUGACGUUGGCGUGCGGGGUGGGGGGUUAGGGCAUACCGCUCAAGCUAAGAGGAGGUAGUGAGGGAAAGCGUUUGGGCGCCCGGCUUUCAACCAACUGGUCAGGACGCAAUGAUAUGCUAGGGGUGACUUGGGGCUAAUGACCGGUGACUAGAGGUUCUAAAGGUGUAGCAACUUGGGGAUGUACAAGCGCCCUCCUGCUAUGAUUCUGGCACGGGCAUGUGUGUGUUUGGGUGCGAAUAGGAGGGUCCUCAUGCCACUGCUGGUCGAUGGUGAUGACGUUUGGGGCCUGUCUGGGGCAUCAAGUUUCGGGAGCAAGGGAUUGCGUGUGGUGGUCUGUGAGAAUGGACUGCAAGCGCGCCGGCAUAAAUGCUUUGCCGUCGCACGCUUUUGAUCUUGCUGGCUGCGCCUAGCUUCCGUUUUACAGUGAACAGCAGUGUGCUCAUUCCUUUGUUGGUCAUCAGCGUCAUAUCCAUGCAUGCUGGCUCGCGCUUCGCUAUCACACAUCGGACGGUUACUAGGUUACCAUCGGAAUGGCAUAUGAGACUAUGACGACAUUAAUCUUACUGCAAUGAACUCAGAAAGCAUAGGAGCGCGCAUGGUUUUAGGCUCAGGGAAGUUAAAGAAAGUCUGUCGACGGGCAGUUGGCGAUCCAG